GCGGCGAGAGGAAGUGGCGGCGGCGGCGGCCGGGGGCGGCGAGAGCUGGGUCUGCGCGGGCGGUAGGCAACGGCUGAGGCGGCGGCGGCGGCGGCGGCGGCGGCGUGGGCUGGGCUCCAGCGGGCGGCGGCACCCAGACUCCCCGGAGCGGGAGCCCACGCGGGCGGGCGCCUGAAACAAAGAGAAGCGGGAGUCCGGGCGCCGCGGGUGGGCGGUCAGUCGGUCAGCGCGCAGCCGGCCAGCGGGUGUCCGCGCAAGCCCCGAGCCCGGCCGGCCGGCACGGCCUCAGGGCGGGAAGAUGCCGCGAGUCGUGCCCGACCAGAGAAGCAAGUUCGAGAACGAGGAGUUCUUCAGGAAGCUAAGCCGCGAAUGUGAGAUCAAGUACACGGGCUUCAGGGAACGGCCGCACGAGGAGCGCCAGGCGCGCUUCCAGAACGCCUGCCGCGACGGCCGCUCGGAGAUCGCUUUUGUGGCCACAGGAACCAAUCUGUCUCUCCAGUUUUUUCCGGCCAGCUGGCAGGGAGAACAGCGACAAACACCUAGCCGGGAGUAUGUCGACUUAGAAAGAGAAGCAGGCAAGGUAUACUUGAAGGCUCCUAUGAUUCUGAAUGGAGUCUGUGUCAUCUGGAAAGGCUGGAUUGACCUUCAGAGACUGGAUGGGAUGGGCUGCCUGGAGUUUGAUGAGGAGCGAGCCCAGCAGGAGGAUGCAUUAGCACAACAGGCCUUUGAGGAAGCUCGGAGAAGGACACGUGAGUUUGAAGACAGAGACAGGUCUCAUCGGGAGGAAAUGGAGGCAAGAAGACAACAAGACCCUAGUCCUGGUUCCAAUUUAGGUGGUGGUGAUGACCUUAAACUUCGUUAAUGGUAGCACGGUGGACAUGCUGCCCAUCUUUACAUACACAUUGCUUCUAGUUGGUAGAAAUAAUUGAUCAAAAGACCAGAAACUGUGAUAACUGGAGGUACUACGGUCUGUUUCUCAACCUUAGGCAGUAACAGACAUCACAAACUGCCAUGGUUUUGCACUAUGAUUAAAACUGCAUUUCUAGUUUUUUAAGCAUGUAGCCAGUAAUAAUUUGAUAUUUUUUUCUAUGCAAGCUUAUCUUGUUGGCAUUACUUUAGUGAAUUGAAACUGAACAUUUGUGAAGCUCUGUUUUCCUGCAUUUAAUUUAAAAGUUUAUGUCAUUUAAGAACAAGUCGAGAAAGUAAAAGUUAUGUCAGAGGGGUUUCUUCCCUAAUCAGUUGCUCUAAUUUUUUUUUUUUUUUUUUUUUUUUUUUUUUUUUUUGUACUUUUAGGUGUGUUUGUUAUACAGCUUCAUUUAGAUAGGCAUUGUUGGGGGUUUUUAUUUUGUUUUUCCCAUUUCCUUUUGUACUUUAUAGUCUAUAGCAUUUUUAAACUGCUGAUAUGUUUGCAUUAUUUACAAGCUAAAAACCUAGUAGCAUAGAGCUGUCUGCCACAGCCUUCUAACACGAAGUUUACAGUGGUUAAAGUUGCAGUAUCCUUUUAAAUGCUAAUGAUUAGCACCGUUUCUUUUCCUUUUUAAACAUAAAAAAUUUUAAAUUGGUUUUUACUCUCUAAUCUGCCCUGGAUCUGUUUUAGAUUCUGUUCUGUAUUCAUGAGUUUGGAUGGAGGUACUCUCUAUAGAUGAUAAUAUCCUACUGAAAUGCCUAAAGAGGUCACCAGCUGACUUCUGUUUUAUUCAGGGAUUUUUUUAAAAAGUCAAUCAGAAAAGGGAUACUGGAGCUUCUUCAUGUAUGUAACAGCAUAUUAAACUGGAGACAGUGAUGAAUCAGCUACAAAGGUAAUAUUGUAUUAAAAUAAUGUUUAAGAUAGCUGCUUUUAUGUGUAUUUUAUAUUGCAUGCUUUUGUAAAAACAAUGCUGGGUGAUAAGAGAUUAGUCUUAGAGAGAAAAUGUUCAUCUGUGCAGAAGAUACAUUUUCUUCCAAUAAUUAUUCUGGAAAAAGCAUUCAGUUAUAUGUAUGGUAUUUUGCAAAAGGACUAUUAAUAGUACCUUUUGAGAUGAAUUAGUCUAAGAAUAUUUUUUAAAUAGGCUCACUGUCAAAUUGAGUGCAACUUUUAUUUUAAAAGCAAGACUGGAAAAAAGUGCUAAGUCAUUUGGUACCUCCUUACAAAUACUUUUCUUUGUCACAUUCAUUAAAUGUUACUACAUUUCUGAAGUUUUUCAAAAAUGUAUUUUAUCAUAAUAGAAUGGCAUUAUUUUAAAGAGUGAAAAGCUGACACAGUGAAUUCAGAAAAUGAACUGAAGUCUGAGUAAGGUCAUUCAUUGCAUUUAAGAAGCAUAUAAAUAUACUUGAUUAAUGAGGGAGGUGUGGCUUUCAUUGUAUAUAGUACUUAAUAAUUCAUUAACAGAUAUCCUGUAUCUCAGAAUAAAGAUAUUUGUUUUAUAUUUGAAGUCAUGCAUGGUAACGAGUGUUUAAAUUGUUAUAAACAAUAAUGCAUCAUAAAAGACCAUGCUGGUUUUGUGUAAGUACUAUGAAUGAAUUUGGUUGGUAUUUGGUGUUGUUCAGCUCACAUGUUUACACACUCAGUGCCCUAACUUCCCCUGAGGGAAUCGCCUUUUUAAGUGAUCCUUACAGUGGUGUUUUAAGGUUACUUUAUCACAAAGCUCCUUGGUUUUUGACUUCUGCACUUAAUUUUUUUAAAUAACAUGAUGAUACAUUUUUCUCUGUUGCUUCUAGCCAAGGACUUUUAGUCCACCAGUAAAUACGAUCAAAUGUUAUUAAAUGUUCUUGUUGCCAUCCUUCUGUAAAUACAGAAUUUUUCCUGUCAUUUAGUAGUGCUGUGCUGCUUCUGUCUGUCUUAAUGCUGGCAUUAAGAUCAUGAGCCCUUUUUCUCCCAAUACUGCAGGCUUUGGAAACUACUUUAUUAAGUUAUUGAUGCAAUUUGAUAUUUUUUCAUAAUCUAUAUUUAAACAAAAUUACACCAUUGCAUCAUCUUUUCUAAAUUCAUCUCCAUUAAAAACUUGCCUUAAGCUACCAGAUUGCUUUUGCCACCAUUAGCCAUACUGUGUGUUUGUAUGUUCUAAUUUACUUUCACAAUAAACUUCCGUGUAGUGAAAA